CGCGGGUAUAGCUAACCGUACAGUUAUACCUAAAAAUAUUCAAGAAAUUCUGAACUAGAUGAUCUAACCUAAAGUUAUAAAUCGAUAUGUAUUUCCGAACGCACAAUUUUUGUUGUUUAUAACUCUUAAGUGAUAACAAACGAAACGCAAAGCAAAUAAGUAAUUUACACAAACGGCUGACAUUUGGUUUAUACGAACAUCAGUACAAGUUAAGCCUACAAUAAAGCCCACGAUGUUAAAGUUGUUCAUAGUUUUGAUUUCCUGUUGCACGGUUAUGUGUGCUAAAAUAUUUCAUUUUAAUCUUCAUAAAGAAGAACGGUUCGAUGGUAUGAACUGCAAAUCUGACGAAGUAGCCAAGCGGAUAUACCCGUGCCCAGGAGAACGUAAUUGCAAUGAUCGUUACAACCCACGACUAUGUCUUGCAUCCAUCCAACGCUCCUAUCCUGCAUGUGUCUGCAAGGAUGGACUCUUGAGAGCUGAAGAUGGUAGCUGUUAUACUAACGAACAAUGUGAUAAGUGGAAGUGUCCAGGUGAUCACGAACACUACGAAUGUGCCAGUGAAUGUGACAACGUGUGCGCCACACUGGACAGACAGAACAAGACCAACUGCCCAAUAAGAAAAUAUGACAAUUUUGACAUUUGUUCACCAAGAUGUUACUGUGACGACGGGUACGCAAGAGAUGAUAAAGGCAACUGUAUUCCUAUUGAAGACUGCGACAAGCUUCGCACUCCAUAAACUGGGAUGAAGAUACUACGGAAAAGUGACAAUGGGAUAUUAUUACUGAAAUUAUUAAAUUUGGUUUUAAACAAAUAUAAAUAGUUCGCAACCG